GUGCUGAGCGGGACGGGCGCUGUCCGCGGUGCUUCAGGGGCGGCCCGGCCAAGGAACCCCCGAGCGCCCCGGCCAUGGGGGCCCGCGCCGCCGGCCCGGGGGGGGACGGCUACAACGAGGCACUGCUGCACAAGACAAUCCUGGUUGGAGACAGUGGCGUGGGGAAGACAUCACUGCUGGUCCAGUUUGACCAGGGCAAGUUUAUUCCUGGCUCCUUCUCUGCCACCGUGGGCAUUGGGUUUAUGGUGAUGUUACUUGGAGACUCGGGCGUGGGGAAAACCUGCUUCCUGCUCCAGUUCAAAGACGGGGCCUUUCUCUCCGGGACGUUCAUAGCCACCGUGGGCAUAGAUUUCCGGAACAAAGUGGUGGCUGUGGAUGGUGUGAAGGUGAAGUUGCAGAUCUGGGACACAGCAGGACAGGAGCGUUUCCGCAGUGUCACUCACGCCUACUACCGGGAUGCCCAAGCCCUGCUCCUGCUCUACGAUAUCACCAGCAAGAUGUCCUUCGACAACAUCCGUGCCUGGCUGACGGAGAUCCAUGAGUAUGCCCAGAAGGAUGUGGUCAUCAUGUUGCUGGGCAAUAAGGCUGAUGUGAGCAGCGAGAGAGCUGUGAGGACAGAGGAUGGAGCAUCACUGGCCAGGGAGUACGGAGUGCCUUUCAUGGAGACGAGUGCCAAGACAGGCAUGAACGUGGAGCUGGCCUUCCUGGCCAUUGCCAAGGAGCUGAAGCAGCGCGCGGUGCAGCCGAUGGAUGAGCCCCACUUCCAGAUCCAUGAUUACAUCGAGUCACAGAAGAAGAAAUCCAGCUGCUGUGCCUUCUCCUGAGAGUGGCCCAGAGGAGCUGGCAGGCCUUGGAGCCCAGGUGUGAAGCAGAGCGGGGCCCCAUCCUGCCCUCAAGCACCGGAGGGAACCAAGCUCUGACAAGCCAAGGUGGAUGGCACAGUACAGUAGAGCAGAGUGCAUGAAGAGAGCCCUUGUCCUGGUGCCAGGAUUCAGAUCCUGCUGCCCUGCAGAGCAAUGACCUCUGUGCCAUCGUGGGAAUCACUAUGGUGUGGUGACUGCCAGCCUGGCCAGCAAGCCAUGGUGAUCCAUCACCUCCACCACAUGAGAAGGGUGCAGGGCACAGCCACACACCUCAAUGAGGGACCCUUGGAGCAGCUGGAGGAGCUGUGCCAUGGAUGGGGCCCCUUGCAGCCCCCAGUCCUGUCCUCCCUUGCAGCGAUUCUUGCUCACAGUGCUGUUAUUCUCCAACUGGAAGGACUUGGUCCAGCCCCCAUGUCCCUGGUUCUGCCAGGCUCUGGCUUCCCUCCAAGGAACCUCAGCUGUGUCGCCCCAGGCUGCCCCACACCCCAAUGCCCAUGCUCGGCUGUGGCUCCUCAUUUCUGCAGUUGCUGCCAAUGGCUUUUAUCCUCCUGCCACCAAAAAUGCAAUGAUAUCCCUAUUGUAUCCUGAUUCUGCUCAAGGGAAGGGCUGGGAUGGGGAAGGGUCCAGCCAAACCUGCUCCCUGCCCACACAGCUGGUGUGAGAAAUAAAAUUCCCCUGGGAGCAUCCCAGCAAUGCCUGGGGCACUUCUGGUACACACAACAAUUUGGAAAAACUUUGCUUCCCCCAUGCUGUAGCCACAGAAAUUAGAGAUCUUUUUUUUUUUUAAACAAGAAAAGGCUUUAUUUCAAUGCUUCCAGACUGAACCAUCUCCAGUCUCAUGCAGGAGAUGCCCAUGAUGGCAUCACCUGGGGUGAUGCUUCAGCCCUGCCACCUCCCAGGCCAGGCUGGGUUUCUCUCCUGUCACUGUCUAUGUAAUACAACUAUGCCUUCCUGCUGCUGGCAAAUAGCAGCUGGAACCCAUUUUUAGGCAUCUUUCAGAUGCAUGAAAGCCUUCAGCCAGCAAACUGCUCCGUUGGGCACUGGUGGGGCUCAGGGGCAUCCCUGGUGCUCAGCCCAGCUCUGUUGCUCCCUCGAGCACACUGUCCGCUCCCCUGAGCAAUCAGGUGGUGAGUAUUUGGUUGUGUAGCUGAAGCACUGAUGCAGAGAGCAGCUGUGGACGGUAUGGCACUGCAUACAGGAGUCAGGAACUAUCCCACACAUCUGUCCCCAUCAGCAUCUUCCCUGGCUCUGCACCUGACUGCUCGUGUCUCACCUGCCCUGGUGCCUCCUUCACCUCUGCUCCGCCCCUGGGUCUCUCUUUGCAAAUUUACAGAUUAAAGCUGAGUAUUUUUUGAGGCUUUG